AUGGAGGGAGGUAGUUUAUGUCUACAUUUACUAGAGAACUGUUUUGUUUUUAUUUAUUUUUGCUUUAAAGUGAAGCAAGGUCUCCUUCCUAGCUUAGAAGAUCUACUUUUCUAUACUAUUGCAGAAGGACAAGAAAAAAUACCAGUUCAUAAAUUCAUAACUGCACUCAAAUCUACAGGAUUACGUACAGCUGAUCCCCGAUUGAAAGAGUGCAUGGAUAUGUUAAGACUGACCCUUCAGACGACUUCAGAUGGUGUUAUGCUGGACAAAGACCUUUUUAAAAAGUGUGUACAAAGUAAUAUUGUGUUGCUUACUCAAGCUUUCAGGAGGAAGUUUGUCAUUCCAGAUUUUAUGUCGUUUACUUCACAUAUUGAUGAACUAUAUGAAAGUGCUAAAAAACAAUCUGGAGGAAAGGUUGCUGACUAUAUUCCACAGCUGGCCAAGUUCAGCCCUGAUUUGUGGGGGGUGUCACUUUGCACAGUGGAUGGACAGAGGCAUUCUGUUGGCGAUACCAAAGUUCCAUUUUGUCUUCAGUCCUGUGUAAAGCCUUUGAAAUAUGCUAUUGCUGUUAAUGAUCUUGGCACAGAGUAUGUGCACAGAUAUGUUGGUAAAGAGCCUAGUGGAUUAAGAUUCAACAAAUUGUUCCUGAAUGAAGAUGACAAGCCUCAUAACCCCAUGGUGAAUGCUGGAGCAAUUGUGAUCACAUCUUUAAUCAAGCAAGGAGCAAAUAAUGCAGAAAAAUUUGACUACGUGAUGCAGUUCAUGAAUAAAAUGGCUGGUAAUGAGUAUGUUGGAUUCAGUAAUGCUACGUUCCAGUCCGAAAGAGAGAGUGGAGAUAGAAACUUUGCAAUCGGCUAUUACUUGAAAGAAAAAAAGUGCUUUCCUGAAGGCACGGAUAUGGUUGCUAUACUAGACUUCUAUUUUCAGCUUUGCUCGAUAGAAGUAACGUGUGAAUCGGCAAGUGUGAUGGCAGCAACUCUGGCUAAUGGUGGCUUUUGCCCGAUCACUGGUGAAAGAGUACUGAGUCCUGAAGCAGUCCGGAAUACCUUGAGUUUAAUGCAUUCCUGUGGCAUGUAUGACUUCUCAGGGCAGUUUGCCUUCCAUGUUGGUCUUCCUGCAAAAUCUGGAGUUGCUGGUGGGAUUCUUCUGGUUGUUCCUAAUGUCAUGGGCUUGAUGUGCUGGUCACCUCCUUUGGACAAGAUGGGCAACAGCGUUAAAGGAAUUCACUUUUGUCAUGAUCUGGUUUCUUUGUGCAAUUUCCACAACUAUGAUAAUUUGAGACACUUUGCAAAAAAGCUUGAUCCUCGCAGAGAAGGUGGUGAUCAGCGGGUCAAGUCUGUGAUAAAUCUGCUGUUUGCUGCCUACACGGGGGACGUGUCUGCACUCCGGAGAUUUGCUCUGUCAGGAAUGGAUAUGGAGCAAAGAGACUAUGACUCACGUACAGCCCUGCAUGUGGCAGCUGCAGAAGGACAUGUGGACGUUGUUAAAUUUCUACUGGAAGCAUGCAAAGUGAAUCCUUUCCCCAAAGACAGGUGGAAUAACACUCCUAUGGAUGAAGCUUUACAUUUUGGACACCAUGAUGUCUUCAAAAUUCUUCAAGAAUAUCAGGUCCAAUACACGCCAUCAGAGGAUUCCAACAACGGAAAGGAGAACCAAACGGUUCAUAAAAAUCUAGAUGGCUUACUAUAAUAAUCUUCAGCUAGAUCCUAAGAAUCAAAUCACCUAUUUAAUUGUGGUAUACAUAAGUAAAGAAGAGCGUGUGUGUUUCUAUCUGAUAGUGGUAUAUAUUUUACAGAAGUCUCUGUUACUUCAGUGUUAUGUUACAGGAGUUUCUAUACGCACAGGACAAAUCCAAUCCCUCUC